CUUCCUACCUUCAGGAGGCCGCGUUGCCCGGGUUACCGAAGGCCGCCGCACCGACGCCCCGCCCCUGACCGCCAAUGCCCCGCCCAUGCCGGCUGCGGUCGCCCUCGGCGCUGCCUGAGAGGCCUUGCGGGAUUUCAAGGGUGACUUGACUUCGCCCGAUCAUGGUCGGCAGGGUGGGGUUUCUUGGCAUUCCUCAGGCCGGGGGAUGCGACGUCUGGGUGUGGAGGUGAUGAGAUAGGGGUUCUGUGGCACUCCGGCUCUGCUCAGGGCGACCUGCGUAGGGGCCUCUGGGGCAGGCCCGCUUUCUGUCAAAAUGGCAGCGCCCAGCGUGCACGGGUGUCUGUGAAGUUGGGGUUUAAGAUUCUUUCCUGUGAGAGCGAACGAGCCUGCCGUGCUUCUGAUUUUGAAACACCUGGGUCUGGGCUUCCCGGGCGAGCGGUGGAACCUGUGAGAAGUUUCUACAAUGGUGGGCUCAGCUCUCAGGAGAGGUGCCCAUGCAUAUGUCUACCUGGUGAGUAAGGCCAGUCACAUCUCCAGGGGCCAUCAGCACCAGGCCUGGGGAUCGAGGCCUGCUGCAGCAGAGCGUGCCGCCCAAAGAGCUCCAGGCAGUGUGGUGGAGCUGCUGGGCAAAUCCUACCCUCAGGACGACCACAGCAACCUCACCCGGAAGGUCCUCACCAGAGUUGGCAGGAACCUGCACAACCAGCAGCAUCACCCUCUGUGGCUGAUCAAGGAGAGGGUGAAGGAGCACUUCUACAAGAAGUAUGUGGGCCGCUUCGGGACCCCGUUGUUCUCAGUCUACGACAACCUUUCUCCAGUGGUCACGACCUGGCAGAACUUUGACAGCCUGCUCAUCCCAGCUGACCACCCCAGCAGGAAGAAGGGGGACAACUAUUACCUGAAUCGGACUCACAUGCUGAGAGCGCACACGUCUGCACACCAGUGGGACUUGCUGCACGCGGGGCUGGAUGCCUUCCUGGUGGUGGGUGAUGUCUACAGGCGUGACCAGAUCGACUCCCAGCACUACCCUAUUUUCCACCAGCUGGAGGCUGUGCGGCUCUUCUCCAAGCAUGAGUUAUUUGCUGGUAUAAAGGAUGGAGAAAGCCUGCAGCUCUUUGAACAAAGUUCUCGCUCUGCGCAUAAACAAGAGACACACACCAUGGAGGCCGUGAAGCUUGUAGAGUUUGAUCUUAAGCAAACGCUUACGAGGCUCAUGGCACAUCUUUUUGGAGAUGAGCUGGAGAUAAGAUGGGUAGACUGCUACUUUCCUUUUACGCAUCCUUCCUUUGAGAUGGAGAUCAACUUUCAUGGAGAAUGGCUGGAAGUUCUUGGCUGCGGGGUGAUGGAACAACAACUGGUCAAUUCAGCUGGUGCUCAAGACCGAAUCGGCUGGGCUUUUGGCCUAGGAUUAGAAAGGCUAGCCAUGAUCCUCUACGACAUCCCUGAUAUCCGUCUCUUCUGGUGUGAGGACGAGCGCUUCCUGAAGCAGUUCUGUGUAUCCAACAUUAAUCAGAAGGUGAAGUUUCAGCCUCUUAGCAAAUAUCCGGCCUUGAUAAAUGAUAUUUCAUUCUGGUUGCCCUCUGAGAAUUACGCAGAAAAUGAUUUCUAUGACUUAGUCCGAACAAUUGGAGGAGACCUGGUGGAAAAGGUUGAUCUCAUAGACAAGUUUGUACAUCCAAAGUCUGGUCUAAGAAGACAACUAGCUUCUUAUAUCGGCUUCUGUAUUCAGUCUGAUGCUCUAAGUUGUUUUGGUUACCCCAGAUAUUUUGUUAGAAAAGGGAAAAGUGUGUUAAUAGCCUUUUGAGAAAAUUGUGGCUAUUCAUUCUUUGACACUCUACCAAAACUGGAAAAGUAGUAGUUUUUUAAAAGUUAGUUGCAUUGUGAAAUCUGAAAUUAUAUCAAUGACUGAUAUAAUUUUUCACUUGUUACAUUGAAAUCUAUUAGUCUAUCUUGCAAUUUUGAAUGGAUCAUUCACUCUUUCAUGAUUGUGUGAAAUCGUGCAUCGUUCAAUUAGAAAUAUUGGUUCAGUGAGUUAUGUAACUCGCUUAAGCGUUGACACAUUUCAUUAUCUAAGAUCAAAAAAUCACAUUCAUUAGUAUCAUCACCAAUCCUAUCAGGAAUGCCUUAAGUAUUGGGAAAUAUGGAGACACAUUUUCCAACGUUGAGAAUUUUCCAAAUUUGCUUGAAUUGUAUCAUUGGCCAAAAACACUGUCAGUUCUUGAAGUGGCAGGCUCAUUGCAUUUAUUAUCUCUGCCAUCAUUGGUCUGUCAGUACUUCUUUCAUGUAAAAAUAAUGUUCCAUGAAAAAGAGUUGCGGGUUCAGCUCACAGUUGAAUCUCAGAUGCACAUUUCCUUGAGACAACCUUGUGCUCCAGCGUGUACCACGGGUUCUCUGUGUGUGUUUCCCACUGAGUCACACAGAAUAUAAAAAAGACAUAUCAAGGGUUGAAACUUAAUAAAGGUAAUAAUUUGUAGUGC